AUCAGGAAACCAUUCCUUGAUCUAUCAUGUCGCUCCUUUUACGUCUUACGAUAUUGAGUUGUUUUAUUUGUUUGGUGAAUGGAACACGUUUGAAUUUCGAUGGUGACGAAAGAAAUGUUGGUGAUAUCAUCCAAAAUCUUGUCAACAGACUUGAGGAACACGAACAGAGAAUCCGAGUUCUCGAGACCAAGGAUGAAGCCCAGCAACAAGAAAUAAAUGAACUCAAAUCUGUGAUUAGAAGAAAAGACUCGUAUUUGCGUAGACUUAAGACGUGGAUCUCAACAAGAAAAAAUGACUUAAAAACUUUGAAAGGGGUUAUUGUGAAUGAAGAACGAAGGAAACCUGCGAAGGACAGUGUUAAAGAUAAUAAGAGUGAAAGUAAUUUGGUAGGACAACAAUCUGCGAGUAUUAAGGAAAUUCCAAGACAAGUACAACUUCCAAAGAGACUGAUCAAUAGUCAGCAAAAUGUUGAAGUUGUUGCUUUCUAUGCCUACAUGAGUCACAACGAAAUAUCAAACAGUCCUCAUCAUAUACUGGUCUUUGAUCACGUGAUAACAAACUCAAGAGGGUCAUAUAAUCCUUAUAUCGGAGUUUUCACAGCACCAGAGCAUGGUUUUUAUGUCUUCAGCUGGACUGUUGCAUGCACUUCUGGGAGCUACGCAUAUACUGAAAUCAUAAAGAAUUCCGAUAGCGUUGGUCAAAUUAUUGUCAAUAGUCUUGCAAACAUCCUUGAUCAGACGUCCACAGGAAUGGUUACGACGGAACUGAAUGUUAAUGAUGUUGUACACAUUCAGACACACAAGAAAUCUGGAGCUAAAGGGACAAUUAUUAGUUCAGAUUCCAUGCGCACUUCCUUCACUGGAUGGAAACUAUGAUAACAUACUGCAGUAAAGAUGCUGUUUUGAAAAAAAAAACAACAACUUAUUACAACUAAAUUUUACCUAAAAUAGAUAGAGAUAAUGGGAGAUUUAAGUUCUUGGGAGUGAACAAUUUAGAAUGUGUU